CCCAGUUAUAACGUGGCCUCCAUUCGCAACAGCGCUCACGUCAUCGAAGGGGUCAGUCGUACCAGAAAUGCUCUCAUCAAUGGCGACUCAAAGAACUACGAUUGGGAUACAGGGUAUACGUGCCAUCAGUUGGGCAGCGGUGCGAUCGUUGUGCAACUCUCGCAGCCAUUUAUGAUCGACUCGAUGCGACUGUUGCUGUGGGACACAGACAAACGCUCCUACAGUUACUACGUGGAGGUGUCGGUGGAUCAGCAGAACUGGUCAAUGGUGGCCGACAAGCGCAAAGAGUUUUGCCGCUCGUGGCAAGUGUUGCGCUUCGAGCGCCGGCCAGUGGUCUUCAUUCGCAUCGUCGGCGUCUACAACAGCGCCAACGAAGUGUUUCAUUGCGUCCACUUUGAGUGUCCGGCGCAGGUGUCGGACGAGUCCUCGACCCUCGACGACGGGUCUGACGACUCCGGUGAGGACGUGCCCGACGACCCCAACAUCGAGGAAGAGAUGGCUGUCGUCGCCGUUGGCGGUAAUGAAUUGGUUGUCGAGGAGAGUGUCCAACAAGUGAUGGAUAUUUGGGCCGAAGGGGACGCUAACGAUGAGAAUUGAGGCCAACA